AUGAAGGAAGGGGGUGGUAGGAAGCAAGGUACAGCAUCACCUUGUGCUGCAUGCAAGCUUCUUAGAAGAAGGUGUGCACAAGAUUGUGUUUUUGCUCCAUAUUUCCCAGCCGAUGAACCCCAGAAGUUUGCAAACGUUCACAAGGUGUUUGGUGCCAGCAAUGUCAACAAGAUGCUUCAGGACCUACCAAUGCAUCAGAGAGGGGAUGCAGUGAGUAGCAUGGUGUAUGAAGCCAACGCCAGAGUCCGAGAUCCUGUUUAUGGGUGCGUUGGAGCCAUCUCUUCGCUUCAACAACAGAUUGAUGUGUUACAGACCCAAUUGGCCCUGGCCCAAGCUGAAGUGGUACACCUUCGGGUCAGACAAAAUAGGUGCUUUUCCAAUCCUGGGCCCGGGCCCACUAGCCCAACCAAUAGUGGGUCCCCUUCAUCCAAGAUCAUGGACUCACAUGCUAAGCCUAUUUUUGACAUGGACAUGGUGGUGGAUCAAGCCGAAUAUGGUGGUUCAAUGUGGUCAUAA